AUGGCUUGUGCGAUGGAUGUCGAACGGAAAGAGGUAGAUUUCGCCGCAGGGGUCGUGGAGAUCGUGGGGGAAAGUGAUUCGGCCGAAUUGUGGGCUGAUCCUAAAGAGUCUUCUGCUUUUAUUUACCCUGCCUGCCCCGCUGUGUCUUCAGGCUUGCAGACAGCAUGUUUAUAUAAAAAACUAAGACCCGGUUGCUAUUUUAAAUAUAUUACAGAUGGACUGGAAAAUGUACAGCAGAAGAAAAUCUUUAAAGAGAAUAAGAAAAGGACACAACAGAGAAAAGAGCCAUGUCCUGCUGAUUCGGUAGAAUCUCUGAUGGCAGAAAUGCCAUUUGUUGACACGGAUAUUGAAGAUGAAUUUGUUAUGCAUGCGACCUCUGAAAUAAAUAUAAAAAAGAAAAGAAAGAGGACAACUGGAAGGGAAAUCGAAGAAGGCAGUGAGAGAAAGAAGAAAAAGAAUAAACAGUAUCAGCCGAAUUAUUUCAUUUCUCUUCCAAUUACUAAUCCAGAGAUUACUGGCAGUAUUCAGGCUGUCCAGGAUGCAAUAAUACAAAAGGAUCAAAGGCUUUCCAAAGCAAUGGUUCGCUCUGGCUCGUUGCAUGUCACCAUGUUUGUGAUGCAUUUAUCCAAUGAAGAAGAAAUUAGCAUAGCAGUUGGUGCACUUUCAGACAGCAAGGAUUUUGUAGAAGAUCUCCUGAAAGGAAAAACCGUGGAUUUGUCCUUUCAAGGAAUUGAUCAUUUCAGAAACGAAGUUGGAUUUGUGAAGUUGGCAGAAAAUGAUCAGACAACUAUACUUACAGAAAUAGCAG